AUGGCUUGCAUCAAGUAUACGGUGUUUCUAUGCCCUAUUGUUCGAAUUGGACCUCAGGAAGUUGAUGUUUCCGAAGUCGCCUCGGCCAAGGUCAUUCACCGAGUUGGUAGCGGCUUUCCCAAGAGCCGAUUCUACCAGAACGUAACAUCAGGGUCAACCAUAAACGUGUUCAGCACUACAGACCCCAACCAACACAAGGCCUUACGGCGACUCCUAUCAUCCCCACUCUCCGACGCAUCAUUGAAGUCAUUGGAACCGCUCAUCGAUAGCCGAAAAAACCAGUAUAUCCUGGAUCUGGAAGGGGUCGCUCUCUUCACCGGACUUCGUACCACGUUCCCAAGUCUUUUCUCUCUGUCAAUUUUCCUACCUUUGCCUCUCUUUCGACGAGCAGCUGCGGCAGGGCAGAGGAUGAGGCAGUAUGCCGAGCAGUCGAUUCAACGUUACCGAACAUCUCUAGCCGCGGAUCCCACCUUGGCCAAGUCAACUCUCUUCACCAAGCUCUUCGAUGCUGGUAAAGAAGGUCUAUCUGACGAACAGAUUCGAGCUGAGGCACUCGGUUACAUUGUAGCAGGAAGUGAUACCACGGCAAAUACGCUCACCUACCUCUUAUGGUCGGUAUGUGGACGCAAAGAGGUGAAGCAAGCACUUUUGAAGGAGCUGCAGGGAUUGCCUGAAGACUUCCAUGAUGAGCAUUUAAGGGCGCUUCCUUAUCUGCAGCAAGUCAUUGAAGAGACAUUGCGCUUGUACUCGGCUGCUCCUGCGGCUCUUCCGCGUGAAGUCCCUCAAGCAGGGGCUGACUUGGCUGGAUUCCAAAUUCCAGGAGGCGUCACAGUGACGACCCAAGCUUACUCCCUCCAUCGAGACCACGUUGUAUUCCCAGAACCUGAUAAGUUCGAUCCAACGCGUUGGGCCACGCCAACGCCCGAGAUGAAGCACGCCUUCAUGGCCUUUGGCGGGGGUAGCCGAGGUACGCCUGAUCUUAUGCCCCUUCUUGAUACCACUUGGGGGUCCAAUUUUGACUUGAAACAGUCUGUUUAG